UUCGUUUCAAUAUACCCUGUAGAGUACGUGCACUAAGACCUUCAGAAGUACAUUCUAUUAUCUAGUUUAGAGUCGUUGAACAGUAAUAUAGACAAUAUGGGACAUCUAGUAUGGGGAGCUAUGUCAAAAAUGAAGGGAGUGGUCACACAUUCGAUCUCUCCUUUCGAGGCUCGAGCAUUCACCGGCUUCUUCUCACACGCCCCAGCAAACGCCUACCGUCGUAUAAGCGAGAACAUUGUCAAUGUCGUUCCCCCAUUCAUUCUUGCCUAUGGAGUUUACGUAUGGGCGAAUAAGACCAGUAUUGAGAUGCACAGAAAGGGUGCCGCGCACCACUAGAGCGGGGCUCAGCCGCGCAAAGGGGAUUUCAAAUAGGGCUUCCGUCGUGCUUCAAUUUUAGAAUGUGAGGAACAAGUAGUCCGGCAGGCUUAGGAGUUCGACGUCAACAUCGCACUAGUUGCAAUCGUCUUGGUCAACUAUCUAGUUGUCCUUUCCCUCUGAUAUAAAUGAUCACCCUUACUUGAUCACCCUUACUUUGAUUGAGAGCCUGGCUUGUCUUGGAAUUUUGAUUGUUUCUCUAGGGUAAGAGUUACGUUAACUAAAGAAGUAGGUGAACGACCUCUCUGAUACAAAUACAACGUCCAAGUAUAUCAGACCCACAAUCAAAACUUAAAAUCCUUUGGUAUAAG